AUGUUGUCAGGGAAAAAAACCGUUCACUUUGUUCGCCACUUUCAAUCUACGUGGAACGAGACAGAAGAGAAAUUCAAACUGACGCGCCUUGAUAAGAGAUUACAGAGCGAGGAGUUUGUGGACGCUCCAUUGAGCGCCUUUGGCGAAGAACAGGCUAACUCAAUACGACAAAAAAUACAAGAUUUGAACGCAGAAGUUGCCAUUACUUCCCCUUUGAAGAGAGCAAUCGAGUCCUGUAUUCGGUCCUACGGAAAUCAAAACGUUCUUGCUUCACAUCUGUGUGCAGAGAUAGGAGAAUCGCUUUGCGACAUUGGAACUAUGAAAGAAAACCUUGUGAAGAUGUAUCCAUCCAUUGAUUUCAACAAUUUGCCUUCUAACGUUUGGUGGUUUGUGGAAGAAAAGCUGAAGGGUCAACUUACAGAUCCAAAAAAGUGCUACGAAUUUGUCUUAAACAACGGAACUUUCAAGUUGGGAGAAACCUUUACUGGCUGUCAUUUUCAGGGAAGAAUCGAGAGAUUUUAUGAUUUCCUGCAAAGCCAGCAUGAGUCAAAUAUCGUAGUUUUUUCACACAGUGGGUUUUUGAGAAGCUUCCUUUUUAAAUAUUAUGGGCGACCAUUUAGGCACACCAUUCAAAAUGGAGAGAUUUUAACGUACUCUUUGUAA